UGCGGCUUCCGCCGUGGGUGGAGGAAGAUGGCGUCGGGGGGUGGUGGCUGUAGCGCUUCGGGAAGACUCCCUCCGCCCUUCCCCGUCCUGGAGCCGGAGUCCGAGGGAGCAGUCGGGGGGUCAGAACCAGAGGCCGGGGACAGCGACACCGAGGGGGAGGAUAUUUUCACCGGCGCCGCGGAUGCCAGUAAGCCCCAGUCUCCAAAGAGAAUUGCUUCCCUUCUUCCCAUCAACAGUGGCUCCAAAGAAAAUGGGAUCCGUGAGGAACAAGACCAAGAGCCACAGGAUCUCUUUGCAGAUGCCACAGUGGAGCUAUCCCUGGACAGCACACAAAAUAAUCAGAAGAAGGUGCCAGCCAAAACACUCAUUUCUCUCCCUCCACAGGAGGCCACAAAUUCUUCUAAGCCCCAGCCAAGCUAUGAGGAGCUAGAGGAAGAAGAACAGGAAGACCAAUUUGACUUGACAGUUGGUAUAACUGAUCCUGAGAAGAUAGGGGAUGGUAUGAAUGCCUAUGUGGCCUACAAAGUUACAACACAGACGAGCUUACCAAUGUUCAGAAGUAAACAGUUUGCAGUGAAAAGAAGAUUUAGUGACUUUCUGGGUCUUUAUGAGAAGCUUUCAGAGAAACACUCCCAGAAUGGCUUUAUCGUCCCUCCUCCCCCGGAGAAGAGCCUAAUAGGAAUGACAAAAGUAAAAGUUGGGAAGGAAGACUCUUCUUCUGCAGAAUUUCUUGAAAAACGGAGGGCUGCUCUAGAAAGGUACCUUCAGAGGAUUGUGAAUCAUCCUACCAUGUUACAGGACCCUGAUGUCAGGGAGUUCUUGGAAAAAGAAGAGCUGCCACGUGCCGUGGGUACCCAGACAUUCAGUGGUGCUGGUCUCCUCAAGAUGUUCAACAAAGCCACAGAUGCAGUCAGCAAAAUGACCAUCAAGAUGAAUGAAUCAGACAUUUGGUUUGAGGAGAAGCUCCAGGAGGUAGAGUGUGAGGAACAGCGCUUACGGAAACUGCAUGCCGUUGUAGAAACUCUAGUCAACCACAGGAAAGAGCUAGCGCUGAACACAUCCCAGUUUGCAAAGAGUCUCGCCAUGCUCGGGAGCUCUGAGGACAACACAGCAUUGUCACGGGCACUCUCCCAGCUGGCUGAGGUGGAAGAAAAGAUCGAGCAGCUCCACCAGGAACAGGCCAACAAUGACUUCUUCCUCCUUGCUGAGCUCCUGAGUGACUAUAUUCGCCUCCUGGCCAUAGUCCGCGCCGCCUUUGACCAGCGCAUGAAGAUGUGGCAGCGCUGGCAGGAUGCUCAAGCCACACUGCAGAAGAAGCGGGAGGCUGAGGCUCGGCUGCUGUGGGCCAACAAGCCUGACAAGCUGCAACAGGCCAAGGAUGAGAUCGUAGAGUGGGAGUCUCGGGUGACUCAGUAUGAAAGGGACUUUGAAAGGAUUUCAACUGUGGUCCGAAAAGAAGUGAUACGGUUUGAGAAAGAGAAAUCCAAGGACUUCAAAAACCACGUGAUCAAGUACCUUGAGACACUCCUGUAUUCACAGCAGCAGACCUGAACAAAUCCAUGGAGCAGGCCUGUCAAGGAGAAGCUACCCACCUGACCUUGUAGGCAUUUGAGCUUCUCUCACCCUGUGAGAUACUCUCCCCAGAUGUGCUCAGUGUGUGGCAGGGGCAGAAGCUGGAAGACAGAGAACAGCUUGGGUGAGUAGCUGGGGACCAUUAAUGGCAGAGAGUAAAAACUCGACUUGCUGCGAAACCCCAGACAGUAUCCAGGGCUAGAGCCGGUGGAGGUGCAUCUCCAUUCCAGACCUGGAGGCCUCUCAACUUCCCUGUUGUCCUUAGUUCUUAGUCCCACGGCUUCCUCCAUGCUUAAGUCCUGUGACUUGAGGGUACCUGAGCAUGUCUUUAUUCCUUGAGCCCUGGUGCGGGCGCACCAGAAGGGCAAUCGGUUGGUCCCCUGACAUACCACCCUAAAGGAUGUUAGGAGUUGUAGCGCCAGAAAAAUCUCCCCGGGAAGCUGUUGCCUCGAAACCGGGUGGCUGGAGUGGUCUCUGCAGCUCCCCCUGCUCUGGCCUUGCAUCCUGUUGUCUGAAGCAGCUGAGCUGCCUCUGUCUUCUGGGCAAGAGGCGGGGGUGCUCCUAGGAUUGACACUGCUGGCUGGAGCCUACCUGUCCCUUGGGAAGCCGGGCACCAGUCUAACGGGGGGUCAGACUUUGCUCUCAGGGCUCAGGCAGGACAUGCUUGUCAGAGGUGCCUUCCUAACACAGCCCUUUCCACAGCCCACUUCUCCCUUCCUCACACCUCAGUUUCCUCAUCUAUAAAAUGAUGAAUUUAGACUAGCUCAGUAAUUUAAAAUGUUGUGGCAGCAGAACUAAUUUUUUAGACGUCUGUACCAAAGUCCAAUAUUCACAACAUAAAAAUUUUUAUUUUGAUUAUUAUUAUUUCAAAUUUAUAAGAUGUACUUAUUAAGCAGUUAGUAAGUGCUCUGAGGCUGUUAGGAUGAACAGGAUGGUUGCUGAUUUACACCAACCUGUGCUUCUAAUUCAUUCUCUUACCUGUUUUUGGUUGCACAAUGAGAAAAUCAGGAAAAGCCUGAUCACAGAGUUAGUAGUUGGAGUAACUAAUGUUUGUUUGUUUGUUUGUUUUUAAGCUAACCUUGCAACCUCAGGAUACUGAAAAAGGAAUAGAAGAAUUUGCUUUUGUUGUUUCAGAGAUGAAUCAUUAACAAUAUAUUGGACGGACCAUAUGUAAUUGGCAAAACCCCACAGUUUUGGCCUGCAAAAACAGCGAAUUCGUAUAAUUCAGUCGAAUAAGAAUAGCUAAUGUUUAUUUCCUGUGUGCCAGGCCCCAUGCCAAACACUUUGGAAGCAUGAUGUCACUUAGUCUACACACAACUCCCCGUGGUACAGGUAAGGACGCUGAGGCACGGGCAUUGUCAAAGGUUGCCCUGGCGACCAGAACCUCCAACUCCAGCCCCCAUCCCAGCAGUCCAGGCCCAGCCUUGCCCGGGGUUAAUGGGGUUCCAGGUCAGUCCGCCUCCGCCCACCCGCGGGGAGGGGAAAGCAUUCAGUCUCUAUGCCCAGCGGCGCCCCUCUGCCCGCCCGAGGCCCAGGAGCUGUUUGUUUUCUUAACGGGGUUAACCAAACCUCCGGAACAGCGCCGGCGGCCCAGUAGAAGCCGAGCCCGUGAAAGGGGCUUUGUGUGAGGGCAGUGGAAGGCGAGGGCCGAGCCAGGGCGGAGACGCGGUCCAACCCACCCGCGCGCCCGUGACCAGGCGGCCCCAGGAGAGGGGGCGUGUCGGGGGUGGACACCUCUGCCCCCAGCCCUUCCUGCCCUCUGCUUGGCCCUUGAUCCUCAUCUCCAGGCUUCACGUCUGUACAGUGGGGCGAGAAUGGCCCCCCUCCCUGGCAGGGCUGGUGUGGGCGUCAAGAGACAGGUGUUUACAAUGUGGCCCCCAACCAGGAGCAUAAGCAUCACCAGCGACCUUGUGGAAAACGCACUGGGUCAGACUCCACGCCAGGCCUAUGCAUUCGGAAAACCCCGGUUAGGGCCGUGUAAUCUGAGACUGGAACUUAGAUCACUGUUCACAUACUGAGAGGGCCAAUGUUUAAAGUAUACAGAAAACAAACUUUUCCUUUGACUGUAAUAACUGCUUUGGAGCGUACAUCAUGUCACGUGUUCCUCUUUACAGGAAAAUAUUCUCCAUAAGUUGUUUUAUCUCCCCAAAGACAUAAAUGUCUCCAGGUCAAGGAUCUUGUUUUUCUUCAUUUGGAUCUUCACUCAGGUCUGAAUGAAAUGCUGUGGAAUAAGGAGCUGCAGGUUUACUACCAAAUGUUUUACGAGUCAGGUGCAUCAAAUCUCCCUCUAUAAAUGGGGAUGAAAAUCCACUGAUUUGAGACUUCUCAGGAACAGCUGAAAAUCAAGUAAGUGAAUGAGGUGGAUGAUGGUCUUCAGAGAGAGAGAGAGAGAGCGAGAGAUAAGAGUCUAACUCUGAAGGUAGGAAGAGGAUUUCUGUUGUUAUCCCUCUGCAGGCCUUCCUGUAACCCUUCAGCAACCCUGCUCCCUUCCGGCCUCUUUCCCAGGCCUUCCCUCCUCUCCCUAGCCUUUUCCCAACAUCCCCCUCCCCCAUUGAUUCAUACAGUCUUUCAAUCAACAAUGCUUCUUGUGAGCAUCUGCUACAUGCUUGGCACCAUGGUGGCAAAACCCUGACAAGAGACCAUGCCCCUGGCUCACUGGU